GUGUUCUGGGACAAGGUCAAGAAGACUAUUGUGAGCAAUGAGAGUGCCGAUAUCAUGAAGAUGCUCAUUCAUGACUUCAACGAUUUAGCCUCUGAGGACAGUCCAGAUCUAGCUCCAGCAGCGCUGCAGAAACAGAUCGAUGAGAUCAACGGUUGGGUAACACCAGACAUCAACAGCGGUGUGUACCGCUGCGGUUUUGCAACAAGUCAGGACAUCUACAAUGAGGCUUGCACAAAACUUUAUGCGGCAUUGGAUAGGGUUGAAAAGAUUUUGGCGAAGCAACGAUUCCUUGUCGGCAACACAUUCACGGAGGCAGAUAUUCGACUGUUUGUCUCUCUCAUUCGAUUCGACGAGGUGUAUGUAGUGCUCUACAAGACAAACAAGAAACUUCUUCGAGAGUACCUGAACAUUUUGGGAUACAUGAAAGAUGUAUACCAGAUACCGAAAAUGGCAUUGGCAGUGGACAUGUACCACAUCAAGAAGUUCUACUUCAUGAGUCAGCUUUCGCUCAACCCACAUGGAAUCAUCCCUUUGGGCACAGAAAUCAACUACUCUGGUCCGCACGAUCGAGCAACAAGAUUCAGAUGAAGGCUCUCCUCUAAGGCAAGUUGUAUUACGUUGUUAACUGUGUACGCUACUACCAGAGUGGCCUGGGACCACUUGCCUGGCCGGGCCAGCCUCCUGAUGAGUCGGUGAAACUCCGACGAAAGAGUUUGUCACAGCCCCUCGUUUGUUGUCCUCUUCUCUCUCUCUGCCUACGGUUUACCGGGCACGUACAAUAUCCGGCGGUAACAAUUUUCCUAGGCUAGCAGCCGGGCUGCCCGGGUCACCCUAUGCAAGGACAAGGGAAUGCCACAUCAAAAAAAAAAAAAAAAAAAAAACAAUCCAAAAAAACUAUGUUACGCAGAAAAAUAAACUGAACAACGAUUGCCUCAGGGUCACAUUGAAAUUCUUUACCAAAUGUAAAGCGAUGCCACUGAUUGCUCAGGGUUUUACGGAAGCGUUUUGACGAGUUCUAAAGCGAUGCCACUGAUUGCUCAGGGUUUUACGGAAGCGUUUUGACGAGUUCGCAUUAGAGGAAGUCUGUUUGUUUACAAGUAUUGCCAAGUUGAACAUAAAAGGCUCUCCUCUGAGGUGAGUUACUUCAACUGAUAUCAUAUGCAGGGUUUACCAGGAUUUGCGUCCUUGUGGACCCACUCUAGGCCGCAGCGGCAUCAGAGUUGGUGAGUCUGAUGUAGUACGACGUGCCGGAGUGAGGGGCGUUAGGUUGACAGGGAGGAGAGGUCUUUCCGUUCCUUUGUCUGGUUUUGCUAGUUGGCUUUGCCCCUUCUGUUAAUUCCUCGUUUGAAAUACUCGUCUACACUGUUCUUCGUGCACGUGAUGCGCCGGUGCUAAAAACAAAUCUGUAAUAAUUUGUCCAGGGACACUGGGACCGGAUCCCAGCACGUGAUGCUCCCCACGAAUGGAUUGGAGCAUGUAGUGGUUUGUCGUUGGUGAGGGUAUAGUGGAAAGAGGUUCAGCUUCUUCGUCUGCGGGGGAUGAUUGGUUUCCCCUCCUACCCCCCUCCUACUCCAUCGCUACAUCGGAGGGACUUGGUGAGGGUUGUGGAGGUCUGGCCGGUAUAUUCUUUGAAGGGGUAAUUAGUAAUUACUAAUUACUAAUUACUAAUUACGGCGCAGUCACGUUUUCAGUUUGAACUCCACUACAGGCAUCCCUCGAAUAAUACGAGGCAUCUGCAUUCCUACCCACAUUCACAUAAGAGGAAUUUGAGGAAGGCUGUUUUUUUUUUUUUUUUUUUUUAUGGGUUCGCAUAAGCCUAAGGCUGUUUGUUUUCAAGGUCGCCAAGGUAUGUGAAUAAGCAGAAACAACGGUCGUUGUGCUUACGUCGUCUGGAUAAUGUGGAGGUGGGCGCUCUCAAGUGCAUUUCAUGGUAUGUGGAAGUUUUCUCAUAGCCCGAUUGGAUCACUACUAUUGUGAUACGCCCCUUCCGUAGAAUGCACGGGGAGAAAACUUCUUCAUACCAUCCGAUGGUAUAUAAGCAGCAAGAGAAUAGUGCAUGCUCUGUGUGUCAGAAAUUGGAUUCAACGCGGGUUCCGCGUUGAAUGAUUCGACGACCGUUGAAUUCCAUUGAUUUGGCGUUUAAACGCCGAAACGACGGGUUUCACCAGGACCUGCGAUGAUUUUUUUUGCGGGCUAAAAAUUAUUUAAAAAAAAAGAACAAAAAAAAUAUGGGGAUGUAGAUCUUUUUGAGGUCCACAACCUCAUAUUUUUACUUUUAUUUUUUGAGCUUUGACUUCGUUUUUUUAAAAUCAAAAACAUAAACACAAUGAAGAAAAACAAAAGCAAAAGAUGAAA